AUGCAUAUAUGUUUCUGUCAUAAAUCAAGAAAUGCUUAACAAGAAGUAGUUGAAAAACCUUGAGAAAAAGGCAUGGCUUCUGAGGAAAACAUGGCUUCUGAGAAAGACAAGGCCAUGGCUUCUGAGAAAGGCAAGCCUUCUAAGGAAGGCAAGCCUUAUGGUGCAAGCAAAUGUGCAGCAGUCAUCUUCCUAGCUCUCAAUGGCUUCCUCUACUUCGUCAUCGUCUCCAUCGCAGCAUGGGCCGUCAACCACGCCAUCGACAAGUCCCACGACACGGCAUCUGUGUUGUCUCUUCCAGCUAAGAUAUUUCCAAUAUACUAUCCAUUUGGGAAUGUUGCUACUGGAUUUGUGGUGAUAGUCUCUCUCAUAGCUGGGAUUGUGGGAUUCACCACUUCCAUUACUGGAAUCCACAAUGUCUUGGAAUGGAAUGCUCCAAAUCUUCAUGCAGCUGCUGCUUCCUCUCUUAUUUCUUGUCUGCUUACUUUUCUAGCAAUGGGGUUUGCAUGCAAAGAGAUGGAUAUAGGCAGUACAGGAUCAUCAAAGCUAAGAACUUUGGAGAUAUUAUUGAUACUAGUUAGUGAAACUCAGCUGUUCUGCACUGUAGCAAUCCACCUGGGAGUUGGCGAUGUCUAAGACUACAAAUAACAGUGACAAUGAUCGAUCUGCCACAUGAUUUUUUGAUAUUUGAUACUUGUAAAGUUUUAAUUGAUUUUAUAUAUUUAUUUUAGAUGUUAAGAUGAAAUUUUAAUAUUUGUGGCUGGAUGGUUGGAAUGGUCAUGAAUAAAUCUCUCAAAAUGAAUGUGGUUGGGUUGUGAUAGAUAUUGAUGAUGCGGAAGAGAGAGAAAUCAAUUAAAUUUUAAAGAGAUUGGAUAGCUAGAGUGAUUGCUGAUAAUAAUAGUCACGACUUGAUUUUUAGAUUCUCACUUUCUUAGUCACAACCUUGUUUAUCAAUUCAUUUCAAGGGAUGUAGAAGUGUGCAAUUUUAUUUUAUUUUUGAAAGGGUUUACAAAGGAAUGUUGAUUUCAACUUAUGAAAAUGUGAUUUGGUUUCAUUUGAUCUUGGUUAAA